AGAAUCUCCAUAGACACGUGUCCGUAGGUUACUCGGCUCAUUGAGUAAUUCGUGUGAUUAAUAUGGAGAGGGAGAACAUAGUCAGUGGCCUUAGGUUCCCCCAACCAGAGAGCUUUGUGAUAAGGUGAUAAAGAGCCUGUAUUGUGUUCACUUCAUCUUGUUGGAAUAAAUCGUAAACGAAAAGGUCAUUCUACUGGUCCUGAUUGAACUUUCCAAUAUAAUCAGAUGUUCCUUUAUGUCUUUUCUCUGUUUUGACCCUUUUCUUUUUGAUUCCCCCAACCAGCCACUUCCAUGUCGAAUUCCAGAGGGAUCAGCAACAAUGUCACUGAGAUUUCACUUGCAACCAGAGGAUCGGCCGAUUCAAUUGUGUUCCUCACGCUCUUUUGCUUCUGCUGUUUCCUCUAUUCCAUCGUCGUCAUUCUUCGAAUCAUCUACGUGACCCCUCACCUCAGGGACAAUGCUCGCUACCUCCUUUUUGCCCACAUGUUGGUCAACGACACAGUUUACCUGGUUACAGGACUCCUUCUCUUCCUGGGCGCCUGGUACUUGAUUUACCUGCCCGUGCCAUUCUGCUACUUUACAUAUACUGUAGCCACAUCCACAUAUAGGGUGACCCCAUACAACCUGGCGGUCAUUUCUUUUCCACUCAGACAUGCAGAAUUUUGUACUGUAAGAAACACAACAGUUGCCAUAGUUGUGAUCUGGACGGUGGCGCUCAUCCCAAAUCUCGCCGAUUUCAUCACCAUCAGCUCAUCCUUUGGGAAACUCCGUCCCAUGGUCUGUAGUCAGGGAGCUCUGUCUGUGACACCAGAACAAAACACUAUCAGAACUCUGACCUUCACCAUAAACUUUUCCCUAGUCGCACUCAUCAUCCUCUUCACCUACAUCAAGGUUUUGCUGGUGGCUGGAAAGAUUGGCUCGGGAAAGUCAUUUGCCAUUAAGGCAAGCAAAACUGUCAUGCUCCAUGCCUUCCAGCUCCUCCUCUGCAUGACUUCUUUGCUCUCAUCAAUUACAGAGAGAUACCCAUUCAACACGAUUUUAAUCUUGACCGUCUCCACCUUUCUUCUCUUCACCUGCCUGCCCAGGUUCCUCAGCCCCAUCAUUUAUGGGUUGAGAGAUGAAGUGAUUCGUAAAAAUGUCAUGAAGUUGUAUUCUGUAAAGUACUGAGGGGAAAUUUAAAAAAUAACAUAUGAGGGGCCAUACAGACCAAGGCCACCUUUCUACUGUUCCAUUUCUUCAGGUCAAACACCUGAAAGAUCAAAACAGCAGGAAACGAAGAGGAACUGACAGUUGAUCAAAAUGUUGCAGCUCCUCUUCACUCCCUGCUGUUCUUUGGCCAAUUAGUCAUUGAUACAAAGCCAAUAUGAUACAAGACUACUGUUCCUGCCUGGCUGCAGCAUAGGAUUUCAGAAUUUUCGGAUAAAAGACCCAUUGGUUAUCAAAUGUUCUGCUCUUAGCCCGUAGCAAGGUUACCAAGACAUCAUUAUUAUAUCUAAAGAGUCAAUGUAUUCUC